GACCGCCACGGGGCUGCAAGGCUGCAAGGCUGCAAGGCGGAAGUGGUGGAAGGUGGCGACUUCCAGGAAAUCAUCGCAAGGGAAGUGGACAAGUUGAAGGAAUCUUUGCUGGCAUCUUUUGCCGAAAAGUUUCCAGCGAGGAGCUGCCGACCUGCCAGGGCUGUUUGUUUGGUGGGGCUUGAGGCUGGUGGUGGCUGGUGCAGGACAGUGAAUGCGUUCAAAACUGCGGGCGGCUUCUGCUGCGCCGCCCGGGAUGCCUCGCGCGGUGGCACCCUGGCGCUGCCGGCGCCGAAGCCCGGGUCCUCGUGGAAGCCCAUUGCGGCGGAACCCACGGAAAUGGAGACUUCUGAAGUCAACAAUCUUGCGGCUGAACGCGAGAGUACCUUCGUGUCGUCUGUGGGCGAAGCGGAUUCAAAGGAACAAGGGCUAAGGGAUGCUAAGGGUGGGGCCACAGGUGACCGUUAUCGCGAAAUUCAUCCGAAUGAUAGCUACAGGAUCCUACAGGGAGAGUACAGGGCGGUGUGUCGCUGGUCGGAAAUGACCCGCGCAGUGAUGGAUGGUUUUAGCCGCCAGACGAAAGCAGCAGCCUUAGAAAAAGAGAGUUUUGAGGCCUCAGAUGUUUGCGAUCAGGUCCGUUUCGCCGACGCGACACCCAGGUACAGCAUGCCCGAUGAGUACUUCUCCAUCCAUCCCAACUGGACCAGAGAAGUUUUUGCCGCCAGACGCAAGCACUUCCAAGAUUUCCGUGGCGACGUGGAACACGGUAUUGAACAUCCGGAUCGUAGACGCAAGCACCUCCAAGAUUUCCGUGGCGACGUGGCACACGGGUUGGAUCAUCCGGACGGUAGGUGCAAGCACCUCCAAGAUUUCCGUGGCGACGUGGCACACGGGUUGGAUCAUCCGGAUCGUAGGGUCGUCGCCCCCAAGAUGGUGACGACGCAUCAAGGGAUGCGCGUGAAGAGCCAGAUGCUGGAUGAAAGCAGCCGUUUGCAGAAGUACGUGUCUCAUCCGGAUCAUUUGGUGCGAAUGAUGUGGCUUUGCACAGGUACCAUGGCACGACAGGCGGAUGCAGGGCGUGGUGGUAUGCUGCUGAUUUUUUGGGAUUUGAUCACUAUCCCUUUGGUCUUGGCAGAUGCCACUGAAGACACCCAGAACUUCUUGGUGCUGGUCAGUCAUUGCACCGUGUGGUAUUGGAUUGUGGACCUCUUCUACAAUUUCUUCACUGGCUAUGACACAGGUGUUCUCAUUGAGGUGGUCAUUAAGCUCUUGGAGAUCAUCGCAGCCACAGAGUUGAGCUCUGUGAAGGUUCUCCGAGCCGUGCGCAUCCUGCGAUUCUUGCGCCUGCUGCGGCUGCAGAAGAUUUCUCGGAUCAUUGAAGUGAUUGCGAAGCAUUUUACCUCGCUGACUUUUUGGCUCACCGUCAACCACUACCUGGCCAUUUUCUUCAUGGCCAUUGGCUCUCGGGGUGUGAAGAAUGGAGGGCCAAACUGGCUGGAUACCUACACUGACGAGGCGAUUUCCCUCCACUGGAGUUUGACGCAGUUUACCCCUUCGACCAACAACGUGGGACCUAUUAGCGUGCCUGAGAGAUUGUUCGCCAUUGCGGUGGUCCUGGUGGCCCUGGCGUUGUUCUCCAGCUUUUUGAGCUCCAUCACCAAUGCGGUGAACGCCUUGCGCUCCGUGCGCCUGAGCUCGGCCUCGCAGGAGGCGCAAAUCAGGCAGUUCUUCCAUGAGCGCAACUUGCCAGCCGCACUUCUCGCACAAGUGAAGGCAAGACGAAGGGCAAUCACAACAGCCUUCAUGCGUGUGCGGGUGGCGGCCAUCUCACGCAUGCGGGAGAAGGAUGUGAAGCUUUUGCUGGAGCUGCCAGAAGCAUUGAAACGAAGGCUACAUACAGAGAUGUACCUGGUGCACGUCAUGGAACUCCCCUGGUGGCCUGAUUUUGUGGAAAAGGUCUGCCAUCGAGCCACCACUGAGAUGUUGGGAUCCCCCGGCGGUGACAUCUUCGUGGCGAGUGAGGGUGCCAUUGUGCCGGUGGACCAUGGCCACUCGUUUGAAAUUGCAGCAGGGAAGGAGGUGUCCCUGCGUCCAUACCAGCCACUGGCUGACGUAGGUCUCUGGGCCGUGUGGAAGUACCGAGGCCACUUAUCUGCGGAGGCCACCUGCCGCUCGGAAGAAUCUUCGGACGCUCUGAAUCACAGGAAUGUGCCACACCGAGGUCCAUAUCUUUUCAUCAGUGCAGAGGAAUUUUCAGAGGUUGCAAUCAAUUUUGGAGGAACCAAUAUCGCCCCGCUACGACAUGAUGCCAACACAGUCACUGCCAUUGG